GCGUCACUCAGUUUUCAACAAUCAACUCGCGACCGAGGGAUGGGUUUUGUUACAAAGCGGUCCGCGGAUACGCUGACAUAUAAAUAACGUCUACAUUCACACAAGUGCACACGGAACUCCUUGUUCUUUCCCUCCAUCUUGCAGCUCAGACGCGUACCCACUCAGACCUAAACGCACAAAAUGUCUGCUCCCGAGAAGAAAGUUGGCUAUGUUCGAUUGGGCAAGUCUGGCCUCAAAGUCUCUAAGAUAAUCUUGGGCACCAUGCAGUAUGGUCACAAGGGCUGGCAAGAGUGGGUUAUCGAUGACGAGGAGGAGGCCGCUAAGCAUAUUAGAUAUGCUUACGACGCCGGAAUUCAAUCCUUCGAUACCGCCAAUGUAUACUCGAAUGGCUACUCUGAGGUUAUUCUUGGAAAAGCUAUCAAGAAGCUCAAUCUCCCUCGUGAGGAACUCGUGAUCAUGACGAAGCUGUUCGGAGCAGUCGCCCCAGAUUAUGGUACUAACAUCAUGAGGUCGGGGAAGCCUCCUGUGGACUUCGGCAUCAUCAACCAGCAUGGUUUGAACCGCAAGCAUAUCUUUGAGUCUGUGAAGCGUAGCUUGGAACGUCUUCAGCUCGACUACAUUGACCUGUUGCAAUGCCAUCGUUUCGACUACAACACUCCGAUUGAAGAGACGAUGCAAGCCCUUCAUGAUGUCGUGAAGGCGGGAUACGUUCGUUACAUUGGAAUGAGCUCGUGCUAUGCCUAUCAAUUCCACCAGAUGCAAAACUACGCUAUCCAGAACAACCUCACACCAUUUAUCUCGAUGCAAAACCAUUACAGCUUAAUCUACCGCGAGGAGGAACGUGAGAUGUUCCCAACCUUGAAGCUCUUCGGUGUUGGUUCAAUUCCUUGGUCACCUCUUGGCCGUGGUCUACUCACUCGUCCUCUGAGCCAGAGCACGACACGUGGACAGACCGACUUCUUUUUGCAGGCGUACAAGGGCUCAUCCAAUGCCGCCAUCAUUGACAGGGUCGAAGAAAUCGCUAAGAAGAAGGGCAUCAGCAUGGCUCAAGUUGCGAUUGCUUGGACCUUGGCUAAGGACGGAGUGACUGCACCUAUUGUAGGCACGACGAGCUUGAGCAACUUGGAAGAUAUCAUCAAGGGUGCGCAUGUGACAUUGACGGAGGAAGAGAUCAAGUAUCUUGAGGAGCCUUAUCAACCGCAAGCGAUCAUUGGCCAUUCUUAAACAAACUCGGAACAAAUGGAGAUGCUCGAGUUUGGUAGAGUACUGCCUCGACAGCAUGUACUUGUAAGCUAUGCAAAGAUGGACUUUCAAGUACUCUGUAUUGUCCAUUGGAGUAUGCCAGAGUUACAUCUCAGAUCCAUUUGCGCCCAACCUUCCCCAUCUUUGCAUGUCUAUGUAUGAGUACAAUACAGCUCACUGGGGCAUUUUCCACUUUAUGCAUAUGUUUCUCUAUUUCGUGCCAAAUUGAAAGAAGUUAGAAGGCAAAUAUGAGGAGCCCUUGUGAGUUAG